CAGGCGCACAUCUGACAACCCGAAAAAUCAUGGAACGUCAUCGGUACAUUAAUGCGACGUGUAAUAGUCGUGUGGCACGUAUCAAGUCAAUCCACUACGAGAACCGCACUACAACUCACAUUCGAUUUACUAACUCGCUUGUGAAAGACAGCUUAACAAAUCAACUUCAAAAAGAAAAUGGAUCAAGUCAUUAAAUUCUGCGAACCAGGCCGUUUGUUUGCCAAAGACUCAAUCCGUUUGGUGAAACGAUGCACAAAGCCGGAUCGUCGUGAAUUCCAGAAAAUUGCAAUUGCCACAGCCAUCGGUUUCUGUAUUAUGGGCUUCAUCGGUUUCUUCGUCAAACUCAUUCAUAUUCCAAUUAACAACAUCAUCGUCGGUUCAUAAGCCAACUCAACAAACACGCACCAAGCAACUCAUUUCGAUUUUGAAGUAUUGCUACCAAACACCAACUCAGCUGAAGCAUACAAAAUCAUUGGAAUUUCACUUAUAAUAAGUAAAUUAAUCUUUUUUUUUCUGUUUCUAUCCCUCAUAUGAUUUGUUUUUUGUAAUGAAAUUUUUCAACCACAACAUGUAUUUAAUCAGAGUAUGAUACAAAAAGGCAUGAAAUCACAAAAAUAAAAGUAUAUUGUGUAAUAAGACAAAUCAA